GCCCGCCAACACAGCUUACUAGCUUGGCUUAGCUCAGCUCAGCUUGCUUUUUCUUCUGCUACCCUUCCUUCUAUCCUUCAUACAUUCAUUCCCUUGGGACCGCCCACACACAGCAACCUCCAUGGAUGAUCUUGAAGCUAAACAAUAAUAACGAUUCAUCCAUCGAUUACAUAUAUUUUUUUUAAAAAAAAAUUAAACAAUGAUAAUGGCUUCAAUUUCUUCCUCAAAAUUUAUGAACUCUUCCCCUUUUCAUGGUAGUAAUUCUAUCUCAUCCAACUUGCUUUUAUCUCCUCCUUCUUUAUCCUUCCAAUUAUACCCUUAUAACCGCUCUCAAUUGCGCCGUUAUGCUGCCAUUAGAACCACCGGCUCAGAAGGUCGGGGCUCCGACUCGUUCGGUGCGCAGUUGUUGAGAAAGCCGGUGGUUUCUCCGGCGGUUGUGUCGGAGGGGGAAGAUUCCGUCGUGGAGGAGGAUGACAAGUACAGGAGUGGUGGUGAGGAGGUGGAACCGUGGGUGGAUUGGGAGGACCAGAUUUUGCAGGAUACAGUUCCCCUUGUUAACUUUGUCAGGAUGAUUCUUCAUUCCGGAAAGUAUGAAAGUGGGGAUAGGCUAAGUCCUGAGCAUGAGCGAACAAUCCUGGAAAGGGUGCUUCCAUAUCAUCCACAAUGUGAAAAGAAAAUUGGAAGUGGAGUAGAUUAUAUCACGAUUGGCUAUCAUCCUGAUUUCGAUAGAUCACGAUGCUUAUUCAUAGUCCGAAAGGAUGGAGAGCUGGUUGACUUUUCAUACUGGAAAUGUAUAAAGGGUUUGAUCAGAAAAAAUUAUCCACUGUAUGCAGAAACUUUUAUCAUAAGACAUUUUAAGAAGCCUAGGCGUAGUGAUUGAAGGUUAAACCUUUUCAGUGAGCUAAUUUUGCACUGUUGACGCCAUUAAGGGUAUCAGACGUUUUACUGAAUGGAAAUAGUACCGCUUUUUGUUUGGAGGAGAAUACUAGCAGUCGUAAAGGCUAUUAUAGCUGAUUCCAUUAUGCUGAAGUUGAUUUGUGACUGAAAUUUCAUUUUUUUUUUAAUGGGUCGUUGACUAUUUAUUGAGUUUGUUAGCAAUCUGGUGAUGGCCACAAACAUCAAAAUCUAAAUGUAAGUUGGUGACAGUGGGGUGAUGAUACAAACACCGAAAUCAAUCUGGUCCACGCACCUCGUUUAUAUCAUUUGGAGUACAGUGGUGACUGCAGCACUGCUGAUCCGAUAAACAUUUUUCUGUGAUCCAGUUGUAGAGUAGUAGGCGGACUUACAAGUGAAUGAUCAUGCCAUAGUUUGUUUC